UCAGGCAUUUAACAUCAUGCUUAUCUCAAUUACUUGAAAAUAAAUCAUUUUCAUAAUCAACUCUUGUGCGUCAAAAGAGACACAUCCAUCAUCAAUCAUUAGCAGCAUUGCUCUUCAUUUGUGUUCUGCUCAUAAUGCUCCUGUCUCAACAGCUGAUAGGUCUCUUGCUGGUCACCCUUGCACAUGGUGGUACAAACGGUCAUUGUCCCCCUUAUCAGCUCAGUCCAUCGACAGUCGUGAGAUAUGGCGAUUCUGUUUCAGUUAACUGCAGUACUUCUGUCCCUCAUGAUGGGAUGGGCUGGGAAUCCAGUGAGGGAGGAGUACCCAUGACCAGUGACAGUCUGAUCACAUUGAGAGUGGCAAACCUGAGGCGAUGGGAUUUAGUGCCAAUCUGCUACAUAAACUAUAAUGAAGAACAGUGUGUAAUAGACGUACCAAUCAUUACUUACAAGACUCCAGGCAGUGUGUCCAUCAGCCCAAUAGAUAACACAGUCAUAGAAGGCAAUCUGUAUGAGCUCCAGUGUGACAUUCAGGAUGUGUCUCCUGUUAGAAAUCUCAACGUGAAAUGGUACAAAGGACAGACUCUGGUGAAUCUCAUUAAAUUUAAUGACACCACCAAGACUCCAGAGAAUGUCACUGCUACACUCUUCAUCACUCCAGACAGAGCUGAUGAUGGAGUUCAGUACAGGUGUGAAGCAGAACUGGAUCUGGGACCAGAAGGACCUCAACCUCCUCCUAGAGUGAAAUCAGAAUCUCUGAACAUUACAGUUCAUUUUAAGCCACAAAUAAAUGUGUGUAAGGACUGGUCACCAAAGAUAUGGAGCUCAUUGAGUUCCUAUCCCUCAAAUUCAUAUUCUGUUGUGGGUAACCCUCCUCCUAACAUCUCUUGGAGCCGUGGAUCAUCAUCUGUCAAUGUCUCCAAGGUUCUUGACAAAUAUGACUCUGGCCAGUAUAAAAUCUCUGCCCAUAAUGAACAUGGUUCCUCCAUCUGUACCGUAAACAUCAUAGUAGAGUAUCUUCCAGAGCUGAACUGCAGUAAAAGCCACCAAAUAAAAGAGAAAACACUCUUCAAACCUCCUUGUUUAAUUGAUGGAUUCCCAAAGCCUGAAGUCUCCCUAUACAAAGAUGGAAAAGUUAUCCAGCUUCCGUAUUAUCCCACAUGGAAUGAUGGUGGCUGGUAUAAUUUAACUGCUAGUAACAAAUAUGGAACGGUGCAUGAUAAUUUCACCAUCAACAUCCUGUAUAAGCCACAAAUAAAUGUGUGUAAGGACUGGUCACCAAAGAUAUGGAGCUCAUUGAGUUCCUAUCCCUCAAAUUCAUAUUCUGUUGUGGGUAACCCUCCUCCUAACAUCUCUUGGAGCCGUGGAUCAUCAUCUGUCAAUGUCUCCAAGCUUCUUGACAAAUAUGACUCUGGCCAGUAUAAAAUCUCUGCCCAUAAUGAACAUGGUUCCUCCAUCUGUACCGUAAACAUCACAGUAGAGUAUCCUCCAGUGCUGAACUGCAGUGAAAACUACCAAAUAAAAGAGAAAAACUUCUUUAAACUUCCUUGCUUAGCCGAUGGAUUCCCAAAGCCUGAUGUCUCCGUCUACAAAGAUGGAAAACUUAUCCUGCCCUCAUAUGUUCUCACAAGGCAUGAUAGUGGCUGGUAUAAUUUAGCUGCAAGUAACAAAUAUGGAACUGUGUAUCAUAAUUUCACCAUCAACAUCCUUUAUUCCCCAGUGUUUGAGGCCACGUCAGAUACAUUUGUGGUGGUAGAAGACAGCAGUAUAACCCUCGAGUGCAGCUCUACUGGUAACCCAAAACCUGAAAUGUGGUGGAGCUUUAACAAUAAAAACAUCUCCACUGAGAGGCGCCAUCUUCACAUCACUUUCAACAUUCAGAAAGCCACGUCUACCAAUGCUGGAGUUUAUAAAUGUAGUGCCACGAAUAGAUUUGGACGCCAGGAGAAGAACUUUAUUGUGAAGAUAAAAGGCAAAUUUCCCAUCUACAUAGUAAUUGGAGUCGCACUUGUCGUACUGCUUAUUUUGAUAAUCUUAUUCUGUAUUUAUGUUUGGAGAAAGAGCAAAUCAAGUGGACUUUAUCAAAUACAGCCAGAGAAUGAAAUUAGUCUGUUAAGCAAUUGAGGACUGUGGAUGCGUCGAAGUGAACAGUCUAACGAUGCGCAGACAACAUUAUUUCAUAAUUUUUUCUCCCAAAGAAAUGAAUAGCCAUAUUGAAACAUAUGUAUAACAUCAUGGCCACUCAUUUGAGCUGAAGACACCAGUUAUAUCAGUAAACUUAUAAAAGCUGUUUUAUUCUACAUGGAGAGGGUUUCCCAUGGGGGCUGCCAUGUUAGGAUCACAUGACCAGCUGAAUACUACUUGCUUAAUCUCAGUGUUACUGGCCUGUUAUAGGACAUUAUCGCUCAUGGAUUAAAUUAAUCAUGGCUGACUGUGAAUAGUGAAUUUCUAGAAUGGCAUCGGUAGCUGAAAACUAUUGAGUUUGAAUGAUACUGCUUCCAGGCCCCUAGGUGUCAGUGUACAUACAACAAGACAAAAAAUGUGAACCUUUAAGUCAGUGAAUGACUUGUAUCAUAAUUUAUUUUCAAUAGAUAUACACUGGUAUAAACAUUUUAUUAAUUUAGUAGACCAGAGACCAGAAACAUCACAAGCUGGCUUUAAUGCAACUGUCAGAAGUUAUUUAAACAUGAAAUGAAUAAAAUUCAUGGCAGAAUGAUGAAUGAUAUGGCAAGCAAAAGCAUUUAAUUUCAGACAGAUGGGAUAAUAAAGUGGCUAGAGUAUCUCUGAAGUGCACCAGCAACUGUUGGCGCUGUGACACGCCACAUUGGCGCUUCCAGUGUAGACAGGCUCAUUGAAAAUAAUGGGGAAAUAUAAGCUUUUGACUUUAUCAAAUUACCUGCAUUGAACAAAAAAACAUUAUAUUGAAAAUCACAUCAUUUGACAACAUAAAUACAUACAUAAGAUGGAUUAGGGUAAUGUGGGACACUGACUAAUGUGGGACACCUUAGCUCCAGUGCAUUUAUCUCUUCUUAUACAACAUUAAAUUGAACAUGAUAAAUGUGGGUGGGAAAAACGUCAAACAGGAAGUACCCCUUGUGAAGUCCACUCAAGGGUCAGUGAAAUAGGAUUUAGACAAAAUUUUUGUUAAGGAUAUAAAUCUGUUAUAAAUAAAAUACAAAUAAUCUAAAAUUAUAUUUGUGAUGUAUUUGUACAUAAAACUAUGCAAUAAAAUAGCAAGAAUGUGUUAAAAUAUUUUCUAUUUGCAGCAAUCUUUGUCGUGCCACUUUGGAAAAGGUUGUUUCUAAAGUGGGACAGCAUGUUUGGACUAAUGUGGGACAGUCAUAUAUAUGUUAUUAAAUUGAGAAAAUAUGCAUUACGAAAGUUAAAUGCCCUACAUGUAUUUUGAUAAAUGUUUGGCUUAUAAUUAAGAUCAGGAUUCAAAGCUUGUCAUGAUUGGCCAGUUAGCUAUGGUUUAGCUAACUAGCUAGCUAAGUCAAAGAAAUAGUGUUUAGUCACACUGACAUCAAACAUAACAUGGCACAUUUUUUUUAAUUCCAUGCAUAGAACAUAUUAAUUUUCUUAACCAAAUAUAAAUCGAUUCC